CCGAACCAUGAUCAGAAAUAUGUGCAAGAACCGCAAACCAAAGAGCGCUGUGAUUCUUCUGCGUCUUCAUUUCAUCUUCCUCAUCCUAAUUCUUCUUUCGUCUCUUUCUUUUGUGAAUGAAACCCUAGCAGCCAGCUAGCUACCUAAAUUAACAUUAUUCGCCAGAAAUUACUAAGAAUUGGUGGUCAGAAUGCCGAAGGCGGCGACGGCGGUGGUCUGGGUGGUGUGGUGGCUAACAAUGGCGGAUUUAGGCGGAGUGCUCUCGAUCCGGUUUGGGAUCGACAAAGAGGAGUGUUUGUCGCACAAUGUUAUGUACGAGGGGGAGACUGUCCACAUAUCGUUCGUCGUCAUUAAAGCAGAUUCGUCUUGGCAUUUUGGUGGCGAAGAGGGAGUCGAUCUUGUUGUAAAAGGACCGGAUGGUGAGCACAUUCAUGAUUUUCGCGACAAGAUAAGUGAGAAGUUCGAGUUUAUGGCUCAACACAAAGGCAUACAUAGGUUUUGCUUCACGAACAAAUCUCCUUACCAUGAGACCAUUGAUUUUGAUGUGCACGUUGGUCAUUACUUGUACUACGAUCAACAUGCGACAGAUGAACAUUUUAAUCCGAUGCUAGAAAUGAUUUCCAAGUUAGAAGAAGCUCUCUACAACGUCCAAUUCGAACAACAUUGGUUGGAGGCACAAACAGAUCGCCAAGUUCUCGUGAACGAAGCAAUGGGCAAGCGAGCGGUGUACAAGGCGAUAUUCGAGUCACUAGCGCUCGUUGGAGCUAGUUUCCUCCAAGUUUAUCUUCUCCAACGACUCUUUGAACGAAAACUUGGCACAUCUCGGGUGUAAGUAGCGUUUGUAAGCUUAUAUUUUUGCACGACGGCUAAUUUACGGAUAACUUGGGUCUGGAAAUCCCCUUGGUUUUCUUUUUUUAUGACGUUGGAACCCGCAACGGCUAACUGAAAGUGCGAUAUGGGUAAAAUCCCCGGCCGAAUCUAAUAGCCUACAAACUAGGCCCCGACAGAUUGUCUUAUUUAAGCAUAUAGAGGUGAGAUGGUAACAAGCUAAGGGGAAGUCAAUCCACACGAGUUUUGUUAGUAUUAAGGUUGUUAUGCGAUAGCUUCUUUUUGUUUUUUGUUUUUUUUAAAAAUUGUUAGGUGAUAACCUAGCUGACCUGAGCGAGCUUAGCUUUGGUGUUGUUUUUCAUUCAUUCAAUUCAUUGUUGGAAAUUAUGAUUUACA